UGCGUUACACUCCCACCUUAUAAAAACAAGCUCUAUUUACCACCAUUAAUCGUUCUAAAACCCUAGGCCGAUUUCCAUCCCUGUUGCUGCCCUAUCACUCUCGCCACCCGCAGCUCCGAUCUCCGGCGUCGGUUGUUUCAUUCUCAGUAUGCAUACUUGCACUGGAGCUAUCAUGGGUUCACUUCAACAGCCUGUAUGGAUUAAGGAAUCUACGUUCCUUCCAAAAGGACAUGGUGUUGGUGGAUUUCUACGUCAGGUGAAUCUUGGAUCACUUAGGCCAUGUAGAUCAUCUCAAAUUGAAGGUAGCUUAAUUACCGGGAAGCCACCGAGCUCUUAUGUUUCCGUCCCAGUUCCUAAAGGAGGAGGUGAUGGAAGCGGCUUUGUAGAUCAUGAACUGAGUGAUGUUGAUCCUGAAGUUAGUGCAAUAAUAGGCAAUGAGAAGCAACGUCAGUUUAGAAGCUUGGAGCUUAUUGCGUCAGAGAACUUCACGUCCCGAGCUGUUAUGGAAGCAGUUGGUUCUUGCCUUACCAACAAAUAUUCUGAAGGACUUCCUGGCAAAAGAUACUACGGUGGAAACGAGCACAUUGAUGAACUGGAAACUCUUUGUCAAAAGAGGGCUUUGGCUGCAUUUCACUUGGAUGAAAAGAAGUGGGGCGUUAAUGUUCAACCAUUAUCUGGUUCACCUGCUAAUUUUGAGGUUUAUACGGCUAUUCUUAGUCCUCAUGACCGCAUAAUGGGACUGGACUUACCGCAUGGUGGACACUUGUCUCAUGGAUUCAUGACUCCCAAGCGACGGGUUUCAGGAACAUCCAUAUAUUUUGAAUCUAUGCCUUAUCGUCUUGAUGAAUCUACAGGCCUAGUUGAUUAUGAUAUGCUAGAGAAAACUGCUAACUUAUUUCGUCCAAAACUUAUAAUUGCUGGUGCUAGUGCUUAUCCCCGAGAUUUUGACUAUCCUCGUAUGAGAAAGAUUGCAGAUGCUGUUGGUGCUUUUCUCAUGAUGGAUAUGGCUCAUAUUAGUGGACUUGUUGCUGCUUCUGUGGUUGGCAAUCCUUUUGAAUAUUGUGAUAUUGUGACAACCACAACACACAAGUCUCUCAGAGGACCUAGAGGCGGCAUGAUAUUCUUCAAGAAAGAUCCUGUUUUGGGCCUUGAAUUAGAAUCUGCCAUCAAUAAUGCUGUUUUCCCAGGGUUGCAGGGUGGUCCACAUAACCAUACAAUAGGAGGACUUGCAGUUUGCCUGAAGCAUGCUCAGUCUCCUGAAUUUAAAGCUUACCAAAACCAGGUGGUUUCAAAUUGUCGAGCUCUGGCUAAACGAUUGAUGGAGCUAGGAUACACACUGGUUUCAGGAGGGAGUGAUAACCAUUUGGUUCUUGUGGAUCUCAGGCCAUUGGGUCUUGAUGGUGCUAGGGUUGAGAAAAUUCUUGACAUGGCUUCUAUCACAUUGAACAAGAACUCGGUACCAGGUGACAAAAGUGCACUUGUGCCCGGCGGCAUUCGCAUCGGCUCACCGGCCAUGACAACUCGUGGUUUCACCGAAAAGGAAUUCGUUUAUAUCGCGGAUUUCAUUCACGAAGGGGUGCAGCUGACACGUGAGGUCAAACAGGCCGUCUCUGGGUCAAAGCUCCAAGAUUUCAUGAAGUUUGUAGCUGCUUCGGAUUUCGGUUACACAGACCAAAUUUCGGAUCUGCAAAAGAGAGUCGAGGCUUUGACGACCCAAUUCCCGAUCCCCGGGUUGUGAAAAGUAGCCCGAAACCUAUGAAUAUUAGGAUAAAAAGUGAUGGAUCAAGUUAUCAUCACUAGUUGGAUCUUUUGGUUUUGAUCAAAAAUUUUGCAACUCAAAAGAUAAGUUAUAAGGCUCAUGUUGUCAUAUGCACACCAUUUUGCAUGGGUGUUAUAUUGCGGUCAGGUGCCUUUAC